AUUCUCCACCAACCCCAGCCAUCUUACUUGCACUGGCCAUGUAACCUCAGAUCCUCACUCUCACUCCGUUACAUCUUGAUACAGACAAACCACCUCCUUCUCUCUCUCUCUCUCUCUCUCAAACAAAUCUUGAUCAAAAUCCAACGCACCCAUCUCACUCUGUUGUGUCAAUGGCCGCAACAGCUCAGUACCACAAAUAAUUUACUUCAAAAAAAUAAUGAUGGUGGAGUCGACAGAGAGACCCCAUCGCAGCAAGACUAGCAGCAGCGGAGCCACGAGCGAGCUCUUCAUUUGCUUCAGCACUUCUCGCCUCUCUUCUUCUUCCUCUAUGAAGCUCUCCUCCAAGUCCUUACUCAGCCCCGGUCGAACUCGAGACCAGACUCCCCAAAUCUCGCUCUCUUCCUCUCUCAGCCGCCGCCUCAGAACCAGCGGGAGCAUCAAAGGCGGCGCCUCCCCGAUGUUCCCAAGCGGCGGUGGGAGUAAGAAGCGAGGCGGGUAUGAAAACCCGGAGCCUUCUUCUCCCAAGGUGACGUGUAUUGGGCAGGUGAGGGUGAAGACGAAGAAGCAGGGGAAGAAGAUGAGGAUGAUAAGCAGCAGAUCGAAGCGGAGCAGGAGCGGCGGAGGCGGCGUAGGUGGAGCCGAGGCGAGUUUCCGAAAAGCGGAGCAGAGUGUUAACCAGCAUGAAACAUUUCAAGCGCUUCAUUUUCCGACGCAUCCAAUGAGUAGUAGUAGCCAGAGGGAGUGCUUGCGGCAGAGGAACAACAACAACCAGAGGUGGGUGCAUCUUCCUUUGACUAUAUGCGAAGCGCUGAGGGCUUUCGGGUCGGAGUUUAACUGCCUGAUACCGAAUAAGUCGUCGUGUUUGAGCGGCGGCGAGGCGAAGAAGGAGGAGGAGAGCAAGGGAGGAGCGAGAUCGGAGAGCGGGUGCGGGGCGGUGUUUGCGAGGUGGUUUGUGGCGUUGGGGGAUGGGGAGGACGGGAAUAAGAGGAGGGAGAUAGAGUUGGUGGUGGGGGAAGAGGAGGAAGAAGAGAGAACGGAGAUGAGUAGUGGGAGUCAUAGUUUGAGGAGGCAAGUUUUCGAGGGGAUUGAGUUUAAAGAAGAGAUAUUGAGUGAGGCUUUGAUGAGGGAAGAAGAGGAAGGUAGAGUGAGUAUCUGUGUUCCGCCAAAGAAUGCGCUUUUGCUCAUGAGGUGUAGAUCUGAUCCGGUGAAGAUGGCGGCGCUUGGGAAUCGGUUUUGGGAAAUGCCGGCUGCACCGAAAGAAGAGGAAGAAAGUGAAGAUGAAGAGCAGGAUGAAGGUCUUGAAGAAAAAAGGAAACGACUUGAAGAAAAGGAAAAGAUGCAAAUUGGGUUACCAACAGAGAUAAAGCUUGUUGAAGACGAAGGAAUGUGCGAGAAAUGGGUCUGCGAGGGCGAAGAUGUAGAAGAACCAGAAGAAAAAGAAGAGGAAUUGAAUGCGGUUGUAGAUGAUGAGAAACCAGAGAAAAGUGAGAUUGUUUAUGAGCAAUUAGAGGUAGCAGAAGAAAAGGAAUGUCAAGAACAAGAUUCGGAUCGAGAAGAGGAUAAGAAUGAAGCAGCAAUGGUAGAAGAAGCUGGGCAAGAUUGUUCUCUAGCUGAACUUUUCGCAGAUCCAGAAAUGUCUGAAGUUGAAGAAAUUGAGUUACAAUUGGAAGAAGCAAAUCAAGAAAUGAAAGAGGAGGAAAUGAGAGUAGUACAGCUUCCAAUAUCAGAAGUAGUACUGGAAAAACUGGUAGAAGAAGAAGAAGCAGAGUCUUGGGCUGAAACUGAAACUGAAACAGAGGUGACAGAGGAGUCAACAGAGUCAACGGCGGAGGAAGGGAAGGAGUCCAGAGAGAGUACUUGGGAAGACGAAGCAGAAGAGACACAAGUGACAGUGACCCAAGCUAGACCCGAACCUGAAUUCGAGCGCCCGAAGGCCCAAACGGAUCUGCAGCCGAAACGGUCAAGUCAAAACCCGGUCUUACCGGACUGUCUGUUGCUAAUGAUGUGCGAGCCGAAGCUGUCCAUGGAGGUCUCCAAGGAGACUUGGGUCUGCAGCACGGACUUCAUCCGAUGCCUCCCGGAGCGCCACGUCAGCAGCAACAAAAAGGACGGCAAGGAUGAGGCGAAGAAGCCACCGCGGGUCAGCGUAGACUCAAAAGCCGCGAAACCCGCGGCCGCGGCGGCUCAGCAAGUGAUGAUACAGCCGCCGAGGUCGUCUUGUUCUUUUCCGAUACAGGCGGGCGGUCCGGUGUCGAUGGCCGAGAUAAUAGGGCAGAAGCUGGUGGGGUCUACUGGGUAUGAGCCGUUUGUGCUCACGCGCUGCAAGUCGGAGCCGAUGAGGUCGGCGUCUAAGCUGGCGCCGGAGGCUUGCUUUUGGAAGAACAGGAAGCUGGAACCGCAUCGCCACCCGGGUCCGCUCGGAGUCGGGGCGACCGGAGUCGGGUUUUAAUCCUAGGUAAUUUAAUUGGGACUCUGAAAAGUGAAAUUGUAGGCAUGUUGUCGUAUGGGUCAUGAUUGUAGGUUUUUUACUUUUCACAGAGGGGUAAUCAUUGCUCUCUCUAUCUCGUUUGUACAUUUCAUGUAGUAAUUUUCUAGGAAUUCGUUUCUUUUUCACCCUUCUCAUAAAUCGAUGAUCCAUG